AUGGCUUCAACCCUUCUCUCGGGCCGUGUUCUGAUUUCGCCCAGUCAUCUGCACCUGCACGUUCUGUCGGAUGACUUGUGCUCUGAUCGCAUGAAGCACAAGAAACAUUACAACUCUUUCCACCCGAAGCUUGGGUUCUUCCUGUCCUUAGACGAGGUUCUCUCUUGGUUUGACGCAGAACCUUCCUACUUUAACUCUAUGAGUCAACUUGAGCCGAAACGGCACUAUGAGCCCAUGCUCAAAGAAGAUCUCGUAUGCUGGCGAUGCGAUUCGGUGAUGAAAAAUAUGCCUACACUGAAGGCCCACCUGCAGAAGGAGUUCGAAGACCUUCGCGCCAGGGAGCAAGCAAGGAUGGAACGGAAACGGAAACGAGCGAUAGAGGACUCUGAAGCAAAGCGGGAAACUUGAAAGGCAUACUGGUACAGGUGCUAAUAUGACGAUCUUCAGUCAUGCUCAUCCACCGAACGGACGACGAUCGAUGCU